AUGCAGGGCAGCGGAGCAGAGAGCCGGGAGCUGGGCAGCUGGGACGGCCACGGCCCUCCCCUCCAGGAAGCCCUGGCCACGCUCUCGGGCCUGUCGGCUGGUGCGGCCGAUGACGCCGAGCUGGUAGUCAGCGCCGAGGCCCAGACGGCGGUGCUGGUGGACGCAGCAGUGCAGUGCGAGCGCCCCGUUGUCGCCGCCGAGGAGCUGUGGCGCCACCGCCUGGCCCCCGAGCUGGCACUGUUCCUGCGGGCGGCGACGCCGCUGUGCGAGGAGGCACUGCAGCAGAACGAGAUGGUGGAUGUGCUGGCUGACGAGCUGGCGGGGCUGGUGGACGAGGAUGGCGGCGAGGGGGCCGCCGUCGCCGGCCGCUCCUCAGCGGCGGCGGGCCUGGUAGAGCACCACAGCUUCUCUGACCUGCUGCACAGCAAGGGCCGGGUGCUGGCUGCAGUGGACUGGCAUCCCAGCCGCCGCGGCGUGGUGGCAACAGCAUGCACCCGCCCGCAACAGCAGCAGGCUGCAGCACCUCAGCAGCAGCAUGCAGAUGGCAAGGCGGCAGGCAGCGGCGAUGCCGCUGCCCCCGCCUCUGCCGCACAGCAGCAGCAGCAGCAGCGCGCGCAGGCGCAGGCAUCUAGCAGCGCUGACUUCCUGCGUCAGCCGCCCACUGGCUGCAUCCUGGUGUGGAACCACGCAGACGCCAUCCAUCCAGAGGCUGUGCUGCAAGCACCGGCAGAUGUGCUGGCGCUGGCCUUCCACCCCACCCAGCCCCACUUCCUGGCUGCGGGGCUGGCCACCGGUCAAGUGGCACUCUUCAACAUGCAGCAGCAGCAGCAGCAGCAGGGAGCGGCAGGAACUGCAGCAGGGCUGCCCAGGCCUCCAACUUCCGCAGCUGCCCCUGCCGCCACCGGUGCCAGCGCCAUCCUUGGCAGCUCUUCGGCACACAACCAGCAGCAUGGUGCGCAAGGGGCAGUGGGCUCCACAGCAGACCCGGAUCAUGCGCGGCAGGACGGCAGCAAGGCAGCAGAGCUGCUGCCCAGCUUUGUGUCGAUGCCCGAAGCCAGCCACCAGGCAGGCGUCACAGACCUGCAGUGGCUGCCCGGCGCUGUGAUCAACAGGGACGGCAAGCUCGAGCCGGCUUCUGGCAGCGAGGGUGCCACCGGCGCCGGCAGCGGCGCCUCUGCCGACACAUGCACCCUGUUUGCCACCACGGCAGCCGACGGCAGCCUGCUGCUCUGGGACAUGCGCAUCACCACCAGGCAGCGCAAGGCAGCAGUCAAAGGCAGGCAGCGCCGCGCGCCCAGCUGCCAUACUUGCAUGCAUCAGCUGUAUGAGGAGCAGCCCGACUGGAAGCCGGUGCUGGGCCUGUCCGCUGCCAGCACCGCCAAGCAGCCGCUACUCGCCACACGCUUCUGCCAGGACAAACGCUGGGGGGCAGGGCGGUUUGUGCUGGGAUCUCUGGAGGGGGAGCUGGCUAUGGCGGAUGCUACCACCCUCUUGUAUGAAUGCAAGGGCAGCGCCGAGUGGGUGCACCACACGGUGCAGCUGGUGGUGGGGCACACUGGGCGCAUCGCUGCGCUGGCCUUCAGCCCCUUCUUCAGCGACGCGCUGCUGGCUGUGGGGGACAGCGGGUUUGUGGUGUGGCGGCUGCCGGGCAUCGGCGGCAGCGGCGCCGGCAGCAGCGACCCAGGCGGCAGCAGCGUGGAGGCUGGCAAGGACGGAGGCGAGGCUGCCGCCGGCAAGGGUGGCAAGCAGGACAGCAACAAGGAUGAGAGCGGCGGUGGAUCCUGCCUCCCGCUCUUCCGCAGCCCAUACACAGAGUCCUUCUACACCUGCGGAUGCUGGAGCCCCACCAAGCCAGGCACCAUCAUCGUGGGCAGGGCGGAUGGGCGGCUGGAGGUCUGGGACCUGGUGGACCGCACCCACCAGCCUGCUGUGGUGGCCCCUGUGGCCCCCUGCGCCCUGACCUCCCUGUCGGUGUCGCCGCAGCCGGCCUCCAGCAGCAGCAGGGCGCCGCAGGCUCAGCUGGUGGCGGUGGGUGAUAUCGGCGGCACGCUGCGCCUGGUGGAGCUGCCGCGCGCGCUGCGCCGGCGGGGCAGGACGGAGAUGAGGGCCAUGGCGGCGCUGCUGCGGCGAGAGGAGGGGCGCCUGGCUGCCGUGGCGCGCCGAGCAGAGGCGCGCCUGGCGGAGCAGCGUGCCGCCGCCGAGGCCCAUCGUGCCAAGGCGGCGGCGGCCCAGAGUGCUGCACAGCGGCAGCAGCAGCAGCAGAAGGAGAAGAAGGGGGCGAAGGAUGAGGAGGUGGAGCAGAGCCCGGAGCAGGUCUACCUGGCGUUGGAGGCGGCGUGGCGGGCAAAGCUGCAGGGGGCGGCGUCGGGAGCGGCGGUGGCAGACCGUUGA